UUGCAAUGCGGUGGCGCUCCACACAUCUUUCGCCGGUCUGGUGUUGGCUGUUCGGGCAUAAAGCUGAGAGCUAUUCGGUCAUGUGAUUCCUGCUUUUUUUUUCCUCCUUCGAAGUUGAAAGGCAGGAGCAGAGCAGUGGAGGGGGCCCAGCUUGCCUUCCUACUGGCCGUGGAUGCACCGUUUUCGUCCUUUUUCCACCACAUUAGUGUUUGUUUUUCGCUCGACGUGAUAUUCUUCACUCCAGCCUUUCCUUCACAAUGGCGGGGGCUAUUAUUGAAAAUAUGAGCACCAAAAAGUUGGUGAUAGUGGGUGUUAUUCUGCUUUUGUUCCAGGCGUUUGCCUUCAUGGUCGGCGGUUUAAUUGCUCCCAGCCCCACCACAGCGGUCCACUACUUGGCCGUCAAGUGUGUGGACACAAUCAAGCAUCGGCAGGAUUCAAAAUGGUUCAUGCCUUGGGGUCAUGACCAAUGUGAAAAGAUCCGGACCUUUGAUGAGGCCAUGGCCAAGAAGAUAGAGGCGAACAACAUUGUAUUUGCUGUCCACAUUCCUCUGCAUAACAAGGAGAUGAGCCCCUGGUUCCAGUUUAUGCUGGUGAUCCUUCAGUUUGACAUUGCCUUUAAGAUGUACAACCAGAUAGAGGAGGGAGCGAUGGCCACCAUUGACGUGGGCCUGGCCUACAGGGACGACACAUUCAGUGAGUGGACAGAAAUGGCUCACUCCUUCGAACAGAGGAAGCUCUCCUGCAACUUCACUACUACCAAGACCUUUGAGAAUGAGGGACGUUACUAUGAGUGUGACCUGCUGCCCUUCAUGGAGGUCGGCAGUGUUGCCCACAAGUACUAUCUUCUCAACAUCCGCCUGCCUGUCAAUGAAAAGAAGAAGAUCAAUGUUGGGAUCGGAGAAAUCAAAGACAUUCGCCUUGUUAGCAUCCACCAGAAUGGAGGCUUCACCAAGGUUUGGUUCGCCAUGAAGACGUUCCUCACACCCAGUAUCCUCAUCAUCAUGAUCUGGUACUGGAGACGGAUCACCCUCAUGAGCAGACCUCCUGUGCUGCUGGAGAAGGUAAUCCUUGCUCUGGGCAUCUCAAUGACAUUCAUCAACAUCCCAGUGGAGUGGUUCUCCAUCGGCUUUAACUGGACCUGGAUGCUGCUUUUUGGAGACAUCAGGCAGGGAAUCUUCUACUCCAUGUUGCUCUCCUUUUGGAUCAUCUUCUGCGGGGAGCAUCUCAUGGACCAGACUGAGAGAAACCGUUUCUCAGUCUACUGGAAGCAGGUUGGACCGAUAGUGUUUGGCUCCUUCUGCCUCUUUAUCUUUGACAUGUGUGAGAGAGGGGUCCAGCUGACAAACCCCUUCUACAGCAUCUGGGCGUCUGAUGUAGGAACUGAGCUCGCUAUGGCAUUCAUUAUUGUGGCAGGGAUCUGUGCCUGCCUCUACUUCCUCUUCCUUUGCUUCAUGGUUUUUCAAGUCUUCCGCAACAUCAGUGGUAAGAGGACGUCCCUGCCCGCCAUGUCCAAGGCCAGACGGCUGCACUAUGAGGGUCUGAUUUUCAGGUUUAAGUUCCUCAUGCUGGUCACUCUGACCUGUGCUGCCAUGACUGUCAUCUUCUUCAUCAUCAGUCAGGUGAAUGAGGGCCACUGGCACUGGGGAGAGCACACAGUGCAGGUUAACAGUGCCUUCUUCACGGGCAUCUAUGGCAUGUGGAACCUGUAUGUCUUUGCCAUCAUGUUCCUCUACGCACCAUCUCACAAACGUUAUGGAGACGAGCAGUCAAGUGGUCAGUGCAUCACUGAAAUCACAACCAAGUUACCCGAGAAAAUCCACAGACCUUGUUGUGAGCAGUUUCAUGUAGGACCCAUGUUCUUUCUACAAAACUACACCCAGCAACCUACUGAGCAGAAGGAAUGCAGAGGGGCUUUGAGCACCACAAGCCAAGUGCCAUCUAGCUCCAUUAUUCUGGAGGAAAAGCAGACAUCUCUAUGGUUGAUAUCUUCAGCACUUGACAACUCGCAGCAAAACAAUCUCGGCUGAUGAAUGGCACUACAGGUGAGAUACUGGGCCAAACAGUGGAGAGGACAUCCAGCUGACUACUACCAUCACCCACGUUGAUGGCCCCACUGAGAUCUACAAGAUGACU